CUUUUGUCUUUUCUGAGACACCCAUACCAGGCAUAAAGGCCAGAGAAGGUGGCCCUGGGACUCUUUGUCCUCUGUCUACAGUGCUGUAAGGAGUGCUGGAUUACCUGAGAGGGACCAUCAUAGAGAACUACACAGUUUGAGGAAGGGAGUCAGAACUCAGGACAGCCAUGGAUGAUGUAUAUAAAGCAGCGGUUGAGAAUUUAACAGAGGAGCAAAAAAGUGAGUUCCGUGCUGCCUUUGACAUCUUCGUGCAGGAUGCUGAGGAUGGCUGUAUUAGCACUAAGGAGUUGGGGAAGGUGAUGAGGAUGCUGGGACAGAACCCUACACAAGAAGAGCUACAGGAGAUGGUGGAUGAAGUUGAUGAGGAUGGUAGCGGGACUGUGGACUUUGAUGAGUUCUUGGUCAUGAUGGUGCGCUGCAUGAAAGAGGAGAGCAAAGGAAAAUCUGAAGAGGAGCUGGCCGAGGUCUUCCGCAUGUUCGACAAAAACGGAGAUGGUUACAUUGACCUAGAGGAGCUGAAGAAGAUGCUAGAGUUGACAGGCGAGUCCAUUACUGAUGAUGAUAUUGAGGAACUCAUGAAGGAUGGAGACAAAAACAACGAUGGCAAAAUUGACUAUGAUGAGUUUUUGGACUUUAUGAAGGGUGUGGAAUAAAAACACUGCCUAGCUGAAGACCCCAAUGCAAAUUCAACAGUCCCAUGCAUCACCAUCAUUCCCUGUCCUGGAGCUGCGACAUCACCACAGGGUCACAGUCACCUGUAAUCUGGCACGCAUACAACAAACUCACACUGGGGAAAAAGAAACACUUGUAAGACGUGUAAAUAAUUAGCAUUACCCCACAUCAUUCAUUGGUUCUGAAAACUAUUAUGCCUAACAGUAAAUUGUAUUUUUCAACUUGCCAUUGAAGUAGCAACUUUGGAAGUAAAGUGUGUUGUCUGUCUGUAGUCAUGUCACAAACUUCCUUUUUUUCAAAAGCACCAGUGUUUGAAAUAAAAUGAUCUAGCCACAUCA